ACGAGCUGACCACGCCGCGCGCCUCCGUCACCGUCACUCCACUACCCCGUCGCUUUCCUCUCUCUCUCGCGUCGCCAUCGGCGCCGCGGCGCGGGAAACUGAGCCCCGGGGGGAAGCAAGCCCCUCGCCUCGCGCGCUCGCCCGCCCGCCGCCUGGGAUGGCGGCCGCCGGCGCGCCGUUCUCCAUCCGGGAGUACGCGGCGCGGGCGAGGGCGGAGGGCGGGGGCUGGCCGUUCGGCGGGGACGCGGGGACGCUGCCGCCGGUGGAGGUGCGGUGGUUCAGGUGGUGGGAGGACGAGGCCGCGGCGGCGGCGGAGGACGAGGAGGGGGAGGUGGAGAGGAGGAUGGCGGCCAAGCGCCGGAAGCGCUCCGUCGCCGAGCUCUUCGCCGCCGUGCCGCGGGUGGCCCGGGGCCAGCGCCGCGGGAAGGGGAAGGCCGCCAAGAGGAAGCCGGAUGGCAAGGGGAAGCUAGUGCUCCCUGUGCCUGUCAGGGUUAAGGCGAGCAGUGGGAACAAGAAGAAGAAGAAGAAGAAGAAGAAGAAGAAGAAGGCCCCGGCCGGGACCGAUGCGAGAGAAAAGGAGAAAAAGAGUGGGGUAAAAGCUACCCCAAUUAGCAUUUCUCAGUUGUUUCAACAUUCCAUAAGAAAGAAGAAGCCCGAGAAUGCUCUUAGCAAGAAAAAGGGAAAUCAAGAGGUCUUGGUUUUACUAGACAGAAAAAGUAAGGGAAACAGAAAGUCAGUUUUGGAAAGACACAAAAAGGCUGUAACAAACAGUGUUAAAGCUCAAAGCAUUUGUAAGCAGCAAUCAGAAGCAGGGUUCUGCACAGUACUGGAUAACACAGAUAUUAGGUGUAAAUCGAGUUCUUGCAAAUCAAAGCAUGUUACAUUUUCUGAUGGCACCGACAUAUUCAGAUGGACUGCGCAUCUACCUGAAGGUAAUACAGAGCAACCACAAUCAGUACAGACAUCCCAGCAACCCACUCCGGAAGGUUGUGAUCACCGCAAUACAGAUAAGACACAGUUGGUCUAUCAACAAGCAGAUGGUAUAUCAGGGGCAGUGGAGAAUACCAGCUCUUUAUCUGAAAAUGUAGUAUCAGCUGGUGUUUACCAUACUGCCCCACUUACCAAACCGAAAGAUAGGACUAUACUGAGCAAUUCAGUGGAUCUGAAUCACUGUAUAGAAACUUCUAAUAGCAGUAAUUGUCUGAACUCCAUUAGUUUGGCACGUCGUAAGGUGCCCUGUCAAAACUUCAACGAUGUGAACUCUCAUCUAGACAGCGACGAUGGCUUAAGUCCUGAUGUUGAGUGUCUUGGAGAAAGAAACCAUAUGCUAUCACAAGCAUCAUAUGCUCCUAGUUUGACAGCCAAGGCAAUAUCUGGUGAUAGGGGUCCAUUGUCACAACCUUCCAGUUCUUGUUUAUAUGCUAGGAGCAGAAGCACAUUGCAGGAGAGGCUGGUUGCUAAUUAUCAAGUUCAUACUGAGCUUCUUAGAUCUGGUAAAGAUGCUGUGAGAAGCAUAAACUCCUCAAUAGGAUCAAAUAAACCAGCAGGCGCACAAGCCACGGAUUGUGUAGCUGCAGGCAGGAACAUGCACUUUGGUGAUGACUAUCUUGGCCUUCCUAUUAAUUCACGAGGUGAAUUCGUUAAGGUUCAUCCUGGUUGCACCCCUAAUUCUGCUGACAUUUUUAAGAGGCAGUGCUUGGGAGAGAAUUCUUCAAGUCCCUCAACUAUUCCAACCAUUUUCACUCCUAGUACUUGCAUGGAUCAUGUCAAUUUGAGAUCCAACCAUCAUGCUCAAGAAAUUUGUACAGUAGAUCGAUCUGUGUUUCAUGCAGGUCCUCGUUUUACUCCAGCAACUGCAACAGCAUAUGGGAUGGAUUUCAGACAGUUGCCAAGUUCUGAAAGAACAAAAGUUCAUUACUAUAGAAUUCCGAGCAACAAGUAUCCAUGUACCAACCAACAGGAGCUUUCAGUUGAAUGUUUUUGCUCUGGAUGCAUGGGGCAUCACAAUCCACAGCAGAAGCUAAUUGGGAUGCAGAGCCACUGUCUAAGACAGAACAGUGGGCAGAACAGCCAGCACAAUGCCGAAACAACAAUGCGCCUCAUGGGGAAAACAGUUACACUUGGAACCAGUGCCAUGCAAUGUAGAGGUCUGAAUAAUGAAACUCCAUCUUCCAGUAAACAAACUCGAGCUGAAGAUUUUCAGGGAGCACAUAUGAACGUUUUUCCACUACCGUUCCAUGGAGGACUGGUUGAUCCCCCUUCUGCAUGUAGGAUUUCAGAUAGAGAGAGACAACCAUCUGGAACAUCACAUUUUUGUUUUGUUCCAGCUGCUAUACCAAGUUUUGUGCUUGAUACCAGUAGUUUCAGAACAAAUAGUCACCACCAGCAACCUGAAGUAGGAACAGCAAAUAAUGCGAAUGUUCAUCCAGCAGGUGAAGGUGAAAUAGGGCAGAAGCAGCCAGUUAUGGAAAAGCAAGUUCAGCGUAACGCUGAAGACAUGGUGUCGGGUUCUGUGCACCGCAGGCACACUCAAACUGUUGCACCAGAGUCAUCCUUAAAUAGAAGGAACAACAUCAGAAACUUCAUGGAAGAAAGACCGGUGCCGUACCUAUCCAGUUACCUUCCACAACAGUUUAGCAGAACGACGCAGAGGCCUCCAAUGUCAUCGUUUCCGUCAGGCUAUCCUAUUCAGAAUGCUCCUGGUUUGACAACCCAAACAAAAUUCACCUCCCUCCGACCAUUGCCGCCUUCGGUCAUCCCUUCCCAGGGUUACAUCGCUGACUACACACCGCCUCAUGGAUCUGUUACCGCCUUUCACCCACCAGUUCCGGUACCCCAUCCAGUGAGCAAUCCUAGUGCUCCUGGCUAUGCGAUAUUCGAAGACAAGAGCAUGAGAUGGACUACGAUGGGAUCAAAGCCUGAGGGAUUGGAACAUACGAGGAGAAACUGUAAGAGACCUGCAGAAAAGGAUGAUAUGUUUCUGACAUUAGCAAAGAAGCCGUACACAGCUGCUGGGAAGGAGCUAACCAUGUUACCAUUCCCAGAAAAGGGUCUGGAGUUCCGUGGAUCCAGACCACCAGAUCCACAGGCACGAGACAUGCCUAUCUGUCUCGACGAGCCUGAAGCGGAUCUCCGACUUGGACACAGAGAGUCACAAGCCACAUGGUCAGCUCCUGCCAACGCACACAGGCCUCUGAAGCUGAAACCUGGAGCGAAGCAUGUCCUGCAGCCGAGUGCCAGCGGCGUGUACCAAGAAAAUCCCUGGCCCGUGCAUUCAGUUGCGCCACUAUUGGCCCCGGAGAAUGACGCUUGUACACUGAGUACGUCCAAGACGCGAGGCGCCGAAACCUACAAAUUCUAGCGUGUCUUGGCUGUAAGUGAAGUACCUGUAUGAAUUGGGGUGCCUCAUGCCAUGAAGCAGGCGGCUUCGUUCACACCCUUUCUAAACCUGAACAUUCAGUGAUUGUGGUUGGAAGGGGCUGUUGGGCGCCAGAGACUUUUCCCUGAAGCAUUGUCGCGUGGUGUUGUAGCCCAUGAGUUUUUGUUCCGCUUCGCAGCGGCGAUUUGCUGAAACGGAAGCCAAA